AUGGGAAAUACCGAGAGCAAUGUGACCAGCGGAGUCAAAAAACAGGCGGGCGUCUCCACUCAAGCCCUCUACAAAUUUGUGAAUCUCAAGGGCGGUGGCCUUUUGGUGGACAUGAUGAAACGCGCCUGUCAAACCAAACAGUUUGCGGAAAUUGACCAUGCGAUCAAAACGAAGGUUGAACCCUUUUUAUAUAACAAGGGCGCUGGCCGUUAUUUUCCCAUAUCGAAGCUGGUGCUGCUGCGCAAUCGGGACAGACCUCGAACGAGGCAAUUGCCCGAAAUACGCGCUCUCGAGAAUCCCGAUGAUGACUUCAACAUACACGAUUAUUGUCCUGAGGUAUCCGAGGCGGAAUACAUUUCGAAUCCAAGUGCCUAUCGAUUCGUAUGCUGGGAUCUAAAUAUGCGUGGAGCAGUGGGAGAGACCAUCCUACAUCUGUGCCUGCUUAAUGCCUCCUCCUUGCAUGCGGAUUUGGCUAAGCGUCUGUUAAAGUUCUAUCCCAAACUCAUAUUGGACAUCUACAUGAGUGAUGAGUACUAUGGAGAGAGUGUGCUGCACAUUGCCAUUGUCAAUGAGGAUCCUGCAAUGGUCAAGUAUCUGCUGGAUGCCAAUGCUGAUGUCCAGGAACGCUGCUGUGGCGCCUUCAUGUCCGCGGAGGAUACAAAGGCUUCCCGAACGGAUUCACCGGAUCACGAGUACGUUGCCUUGCAGCCGAUUACCAACUAUGAUGGCUAUGUCUACUGGGGGGAGUACCCCUUAAGCUUUGCCGCCUGUCUGUCUCAGGAAGAGUGCUUUCGCCUGGUACUGGCUCGUGGUGCCGAUCCGGAUUUCCAGGACACCAAUGGUAAUACCGUGCUGCAUAUGCUGGUCAUCUAUGAGAAGAUCGAGAUGUUUGACGUGGGCUACGAGGUGGGAACCAAUAUUCACAUAAAGAACGUGCAGAAUCUGACGCCAUUGACACUGGCAGCAAAGCUGGGACGUGUCGAGAUGUUCUUCCAUGUGAUGAGCAUUGAGCGGGAGAUUUAUUGGCAACUGGGAAGCAUUACAUGUGCCGCGUAUCCUUUGCUCAUGAUCGACACCAUCAACGAGGAGACGGGAAAUAUUAACAAGGAUUCGGUGCUCAAUUUUGUUGUCUUUGGGGAUAAGCUGGAGCACUUGGAGUUGCUGGAUGGUGUGGUCAUUGAUCUGUUGAAGACCAAAUGGGACACUUUCUGCAAAUCCCGUUUCUACAAACAGUUCUACAUGUUUGCCUUCUACUUUCUCAUAUCGCUGUUCAGCUUUAUAUUGCGACCGGGUCCUGAGGCUAAAGACGAUGAAGAUGAGGAGCAGGAGGGCACAUCCCUACCGUCCUCAAAUGGCAGUUCCCAACACGAUCUCUACAUCAAUGGAAGUUUGGGUAAUCAACACUCCAAACGUGGCACCUCCAGCACCGAAUACAAAACCUUUUGGCUAAACUUCACCGAAUAUUACGAUCCUAAUGAGGUGGAAACCUUGCCUGCCUGGUGGCAAACCUAUGCCCAGUGUCCACUUAUGAAUCUGGAAUCCGAUUUGGCCAAACUGCGCAUUAUAGCCGAGUUAAUCAACUUUGUGGGUGCCAUACUCUAUCUACUUGUGGCCUUGAGAGAGGCUCGCUUUUUAGGAUACAAAAUGUUCAUCGAAAAUUUGAUGACAGCCCCAUCGCGUGUUAUGUUUCUCUUCUCCUGUGCGCUGAUGAUGACCAUACCCUGGCUAAGAGUGUCCUGUCUAACCGAAAUCGAUGAUCAUGUGACGGUUGUGAUAAUGUUGACCACAGCUCCCUACUUUCUAUUCUUCUGUCGUGGCUUUAAGACCGUUGGACCCUUCGUUGUGAUGAUAUAUCGCAUGGUAAUGGGAGAUUUGCUGCGAUUCGUCUCCAUCUACCUGGUGUUUGUCUUGGGCUUCUCUCAAGCCUUUUAUAUAAUAUUUCUCACCUUCGAUAAUCCUUCGACGCCGGAGGAUCAGGAUGCUGAAUCAAAUCCAAUGCCCUCGCCAAUGGAAUCUAUUGUGGCCAUGUUCCUAAUGUCCUUAACGAACUUUGGGGAUUAUUAUGGUGCGAUGGUGUCCACACAGCAUGAGUACGAAGCGAAGAUACUCUUCUUUCUGUUCAUGGUGAUUGUGAGUGUGCUGCUGGUCAACAUGUUGAUUGCCAUGAUGGGUAAUACGUAUCAGAAGAUAGCCGAAAUACGCAACGAGUGGCAACGCCAAUGGGCACGCAUUGUCCUCGUCGUGGAGCGGAGUGUUCCGCCAGCGGAACGUCUCAAGAACUUCAUGCACUACAGUCAGUCCAUGUCGGAUGGAAGACGUGCUCUGGUUCUACGUUUAAACAUGACGGACGAGGAGAAGGAGGAGAUGAAGGAGGUGCAGGAAAUGAAACGCAUUCAUCAGCGCUUCUCCAAGAAGCGUCAAAUGGAGCGAGAAGCACGAGCUCAUCGUCGCCAGCAGGAAUACGAGAAGUUCUUUGGCACCAUGCCCAAAACAGACAGCAUGGAGAAUAACAAUCUGUAAAGUCCUGUGAAUUAGGUUUAGUUCAAGUUUUAUUGAACCAAUGGCGGUCGCUUGUAUUUUGGAAUUGCUGUUAACCAAAUUUGUUCACAUUGUGCAAUAAAUGUUUAGUCUAUGAGCGGUUUCAACCACCAGCAA